AUGGAUGGUGACUGUGUAUUGAAUAUUAAAUCACAUGAAAGUGGUGGAGCCAAGGUUUCAUCUGCGCCUAUUCCUAAGAAAAACAUCUCUUCUAAUGUUCCUAUUAUUCCAAAAGAGCCUUUAUCGAAUGGAAGGGGCAUAAGUGAGGGGAAAAUUGGCAGAGCCAUAAGAGUAAAGAAGUCGGAAUUAGUCAAACAGCUGGCGGAAGAAAAUUCACCUCCGAAAAAGAACGUGAAUGUGAAUGUUAGGACUCGAGGUCUCAAAUUUCCAGAUGAGUCAAUUGCGAAAAAUCCUCUUCAAGUUGGUUUAUCCGCUAAGCAGCAUUCAGAACAGCAGGAUUUACUCAAUGUAAUGAGUGAGGGCGUUACUCCAAACAUUGAAUCAGUGUUUUCCAAAACAUCAUGGGGAAACUUCGGUUCACGAUCGAACAUACAUCCUCGUUUGAUAUCAAUCAUCCAAAAGAAUUUUCACUUUGAACGACCGACCUCUAUUCAGGUGUCUGCGAUCAAACACUUACUUGACGGCUGUGACGCCUUGAUAAAAGCACAAACAGGUUCUGGCAAGACCGUUGCUUAUGCUCUUCCAUUGAUUCACAAUUUGAUGGAAACUGAACCACCGAUAUCUCGAAAUGAUGGUCCAAAGGCAUUAAUUAUUCUACCUACGCGAGAACUGGCUACUCAGACUGGCUUGGUAAUGACUCACUUGUGUCGAGCAUGUGUCCGAAUCGUCCCGGGCUGUCUCAUUGGAGGGGCUAAGCGUAAAGGGGAAAAAGCAAGCCUCAGGAAGGGACUAAAUAUUAUCGUGAGCACUCCACGGCGCCUUCUGGAUCAUAUCAGGAAGACAGCUGUGCUCAGCUUGAAGGGGCUUAGAUGGUUAGUGAUAGAUGAGGCCGAUCGGUUAGUUGAACUCGGAUUUGAACGCGAUGUGAGGCGAAUCAUCGAACGAGUUACUCGUGAAGUCAGCCGUGAAAGUCCAGUUCAAACAGUACUUCUUUCGGCUACUCUCACACCAGGAGUUGAGACACUGGCUGGAUUGGUAUUAAAGAAUCCCGUAAAAUGUGAAGUAGCUGAUGACGCAGGUAGCAUUUCAAAUGAAACAACCAAAGAAGGCAGAUCUGUUGCGCCAUUUUCAAUGCCUUCUAGACUGAAACACUUCUUGCUGGUAGUGCCAUGCAAGCAGCGCCUCGUUGCUCUUGCCGCUUUUCUCCUAUUAAAAGCCAAGUACAGCAAACGGUCAGGGAAGUUGAUUGUAUUCCUAGCUACACAGGAUUGUGUGGACUUUCACCACCGUCUGUUCUCCGAAACCCUUUGCAAAGAUUCUGAUAAUGCAGACGGUGCUGAAUUCCAGGCUAGUGAUCUUCAUCUCUAUCGCCUUCAUGGCAACAUGGAUCAUAAGGAGCGUCAGACGGUGUUCCAGAAGUUCUCCAGUUGCCCCAACGGCAUCCUCCUCACCACGGAUGUGGCGAGCCGUGGCCUCGAUCUGGCGGGGGUGGCGUGGGUGGUGCAGUACCACGUCUCCGGCAGUCCAGUCGACUACGUGCACCGUGUUGGUCGCACCGCCCGUGCGGGUGGUCGUGGUAAGGCGCUGCUGCUACUCCAACCCGAGGAGGAGUCCUACACUCGCAUGCUCUCCACUACUGUCGGUCUGCAGCUGCAGAGGCUGAAUCUCACCGACGUUCUGCAGACCGCACUCUAUCAUCUCAGGCACACCAAGGGUCGCCGGGGCGUGAGGACAGUGGAAGAGGCAGCAGCGAGUAUGGGGAAGUACUUCUUGCAGAUGGUGGAUGAGAACGCGGAACUUUUGGCAUUGGCGGAACAAGCAUACCUAUCCUUUCUGCGCGCCUAUGCCAGCUUCUCCGGCCCAAUGCGCGAACACUUCGUCUUCAAGCGCCUUCACCUUGGCCAUGUCGCCUGCGCCUUCUGUCUGCGUGACGCGCCCUCUGACAUCGCCUCUCGCGUCACUGGCAAACGACCUCUUGCCAAAUCAAACUCUCACCCAGGAAUCGCCAAUUCCGCCGUUGCUGGUUCUCCGAUCGCCAAAAGGUCGCGACGUUUAGAAUUUCUUGAGGAGAAUGGAGAGGUGGGUUCUCGAUCGACGCAGAAGAAGGAGAAGACGACGAAGAAGAAGCCAAGGCCUGCUGAACUGGCCACACGCAAUAUGCUUGCCGAGUACUACUUUGUAGCCUUUACUCUUUCAGUUGUGCAAUCGGAGUGUUCAAGUCACCACACUGAGUCCAUGAUUAGUCGUCCCAGCGAUGCUGAUAACUCAACAGCUUGCAAUGUGUAUUGCGUUACAAGAUCGAAGGUCGUAAAAGAUGUGGGCGAGACAGGGGACAGUCAAUGUGAUCAAUUCACGUUUAAGGUCCCGACGUCGCGUGGUAGAAGGAAGCUGCGUUCUCGUCGUAAUUUGGUGGAUUCUGCGGACGCAACAAACAAUGCCACCUUUGAGAUAAGCGUCGCACCACUUAUAGACACAAGAAAUGAAAAAGAGAGUGUCUCAGAGGUUGCUAGUCGCGGUGCGAACAGACGCGCAAUUAAAAAGUUGCGUUCACGACGUAACCUGGUGGACUCUUUGAGUGCAACAGCAGCCAAUAUCACAUUUGAGUUAAGUGUAGCGCAGCUCUCCGAAUGGAAAAACGAGGCAUUGGCUGCGGCAUCAACGGAAGAGGCCUCCAGUAUGGGUGCGCUCAAAUGCACAGCUGAGUCACCACCACUCGAUUCCGGAGCUGUUGCCAGAGCUUUAGAGGGGACAGAAGCAGAAGAUGAGGCGGAGGGGUUAGGUGCAGCCCUGUCGCAUGAAGAAUCACCUAAUCUGACGAAGAACCAAGAUUCUUCCAAGGGAGGUAGACGCAAUUCAUUGUCACAGAGCAUGGCGGAGAAUUUUGUCCAUGUUGAGAACGACGACGCCACGAUGGAGAUUAGUGUGGCACCACUUCCAGCUGGACUUAACGAGGGGCAAAUAGAAGGUGUGCUCGAGUUUGAAGUCUUUUUUACAUGCGAGUAG